AUGGAACAAGUAACGAAAUACCUUAUCAUCAUCGCUUCCUUGAUGACAGUUAAACUGACAGUUACAGAAAGUAAAAAUGAUACAAAACCCAAAAUAGACAGAAGAUACUACCACGCUCCUUUGUUUAUUAACGUUUGCGAUAUCAAGGAUCGGAGAUCUAAAGUGCAUUGCUAUUGUGACAGUACUAAACCUAAAAUGGCAACUAAAGCGGACUGCUGGGUCUUCGGUGGAGGGAUAGCGGAAGAUGAUCCUAUUUGGCCAAGUUUCUCCUCCCAAUCUGAAAUAGAAGAUCUUAUGUUCAAUGUUAGAUCUGACGAUGCACUUACAUUCAUCCCAGCUAAAGCUGUCGUUAGACUUGAUAAUCUUAAAUACCUGUCCAUACAAUUUGCAAGCAUAAAUAAUAUUCCACCUUACGCUUUCACAAACUCGUCAACAAUUAAACAAAUCGUAUUAAAAGUAAACAAGAUCACAACUCUAGAGAAACAUUCGUUCGCUCAAAUGAUGAUGUUGUCCAAUUUGAGUCUGGAGGAAAACUCCAUAUCAGAAUUGAGAAGAGACGUGUUCUUCAACCUACCAAAUCUGCAUAUAUUAAACCUAUCAAACAACAAUUUGAGUUUGAUUCACGAGGGCUGCUUUAAACACUUAAACAAUCUGAUAGAAUUACGCUUGGAUAAUAAUUUAAUAUCAGUUAUAACAAAAGAAACUUUAGAAGGUCUGGAAAAUCUUUCAAGGUUAAACUUACGGCAUAACAAAUUGACAAUGAUCGGUAAUUUAGCAUUCAGUGAGACUUGGAGCCUAAAAGAACUAAUGCUUGAUAAUAAUGCUAUUGAAUAUAUAUCGGACAGAGCUUUUGGCGGAUUAACUCAACUAACAAAGCUGACUUUAUCUAAUAACAGACUAACAGCUUUUUACGAAGACAUUUUGGAAGAUAUACGGAGUCUUAUAGUAUUAGAUUUAAGAGAUAAUUUGUUAGAUACUAUAUCAUACGAAGCUGUUCGCCCAGUUAUAGAAAAUGACAAAUCUGUGUCUGCAGCAGUUUAUUUGGAUGGUAACCCUCUCAACUGUAAUUGUCGACUAUCUUGGAUAUACGCGCUACGUAAUGAAACCAAGGAUAACACACUCAAGUAUGCUCUCGAAAAAGUAUCCUGUAUCUUGGAUCCUGUACCGGACAGGCUUUCGAACAGUGAAGAGGACAUUGAGAACGACAAGGUUAAUGUAUUGUCUGACGACAGCUACGAUUAUUACGAUAAAAACGUAGAAUAUGAGAACGAAGCUAAAGUCAAGAACACUGAGAAAAAAUUGAUUGAUAUACCCCUAGAGACUUUACCGUGUCCGAAGGAAAUUAUGCAGUCAAUAGAAGAGUCGUAUGGUCAUCCGGUACAAAAUGAAAUUAGGUUGAAAGCAUUCUCGUCGGCAAACAGAAUUGCGGCUAAUUCGAUUCUCACCUCUAUACUAAUGAAAAUAAUGCUUAAGUUAUAAUAAUUUUGUAAUUGGACAAAGGUAUUUGUGAUAUUAGAUGUUAAAGUGAAAUUAUAUUUCAAUGUAAAUUUCUGACCGCUUAAUGUAAAUUUGAGAGCCGCUGUUUUACUUGUGAUCUGUAAAUGUUGAACUCGU